AUGGCUAGUGACUUAAACGCUCCACAGUCUGACUCGACCUGGCGUACAUCUCUACCAAAUGAGACUCUUGCUACUAUCUGUCGCGGUCUAUCCCCUUCUGUCUUGGCAGUUGUCGCCCGUGUAUCACGCCAGUGGAGAGGAGUUGCAGAAUGGUUGCUAUAUUCAAACAUCUUCAUCUCAGAGACCCUCUCUACCUCAUCUUCACUCCCCCACACCACCCUUCGUUGCUGCCAGACCAUUUGUCUUCAUUCACAUCUCGCCACCGGACUUCACAAACUCCAUAUCCGAUGGAAAUUAGAGUACGGUGGAUACUACGACCCAGAGUUUGACAUCUUCCUCUCCAAUAUCUCACAAACAAUAGCCCUCGCAACAAACCUCCAGUCCCUAGACCUACAUCUCGGCUUGCCAUCCCUCCCAGAACACCCAACUUCAACUUUUCUCUCAAUCCCUCCUACCGAUGCUUGUUAUCACUCUCUCCGACGCGUCUCUCUCAGCGGUAUUGGCCCCUUUACUCCUAACCGUCUCAUAAAUUUUCUCAACGCUCUCCCUGCCGCACGACACCUCCGUCUUCCCGACUAUCACGAUCAGAUCACCCUUCUCCCUAAAUCCCUCCCAUCUCUCAUAUCAUUUUCCGGCUCACCACGCGUAGCAGCUGCAAUCCUACCAGGAAGACCCGUACAAUCACUCGUACUCAUAGGACAGGACUACAUCCCUGACCUAGAUCUAUCCCAAAUGACCCUGACGAGCGUUCCACUCCGCCAUCUGGAUUUGUCAUCCAUGUUGGUUACCCCGACAUUACUGCGAAAUUUAUCCAAGAAUCUCAAUACAGUCGAGUCGUUGAAAGUGAAGCUUGCGUUGAGGCAUACUUUGCAUUUCGCAGGUAUCGGCUUGCUAGCAGCGCUUUCGCACCUUCUCAGCGCAUUUCGCAAUCUUUCUACGCUCGACCUCUCUCCUACGCACGUUGAUUAUACUAGGCUCAGUAACAGUGCAGAAGAGCUCUCACUCUGUCGAUCAUGGCAGAACGCGUGUCCUUCCCUACGACGUAUCGUCUUUCCCUCUCAAACAGAGUGGAUAUUUCAAGAAGAAGAUAAUAUGUGGGUAUCAGUUCGUGCAAGGGAGGCGCGGAGGCGGCCUGCGUUCUACUCGUCCAAUAAGUUUCUUGGGUCCUGA